AUGUCCUCGCCCUUACACGACGCACUGGUUGUUGGUGCCGGGUUUGGAGGGAUCUACCAACUACACUCCCUCCUCAAGCUCGGGCUGACAGUCAAGCUGGUGGAAAGGGCCGCAGGGCUUGGAGGAACAUGGUAUUGGAACCGCUAUCCGGGCGCGACAAGCGAUACCCCCUCUCAUCUGUAUCGCUAUUCCUGGGAUAAGGAAGACCUCCAAUCAUAUCCCUGGUCUUAUAAUUAUCUGGAAAGAAAGGAGGUUCUUGCCUAUCUGGAACAUGUUGUGAACCGCCACGACUUGCGCAGGCACAUGCAGUUCCAUACGGAAGUUGUCUCCGCGAUUUGGAACGAAGACGACUGCACGUGGACUGUGGAAUCUAGCCAAGGUUCUUUCACGACUCGCUAUCUCAUCACGUCUCUCGGCAUCCUCACGGAGCCCAAUUGGCCGAACAUCCCUGGGAGGGAUCAGUUCCAGGGCUGUCUAUACCAUACUGCUCGGUGGCCAGAUCAGUAUGACUUGAAAGGAAAGAGAGUUGGAGUGAUUGGGAAUGGAUCAUCCGGUGUGCAAGUGAUCGUCACAAUUGCCCAGGAUGUCGAGUCCUUAGUCUGUUUCCAACGGCAUCCCCAAUACAUCGUUCCUGCCGGUAAACGACCUGUCUCGCAGGAGGAGCGCGAUGUGAUUAACAAGGCCUACGACGAGAUAUGGCAAAAGAUUAGACAAGAGAUUGGAGGAAUGGGUGUCGAGGAGGCCAAGACGAGUGCGAUGAGUGUCGUGGACGAGGAGCGCGAGCGGAUCUACCAAGCCGCCUGGGACGACGGAGGAGCCUUCCGAUUCUUCCUGGGUACAUUCAAUGAUCUUAUUCUCAAUGAAGCAUCCAACCAAACGGCAUGUGAUUUCCUGAAGAAAAAGAUCCACCAGAUUGUGCAGGAUCCAGAGAAGCGCCGCAAGUUAACACCGAGCGAACUCUACGCCCGCAGGCCGGUCUGCGCUGAUGGCUACUAUGAGCAAUUUAAUCGGGAGAACGUCGAUGUCGUCGAUAUCGCGGAGAAUCCCAUGCUCGAGAUUACCCGCGACGGGAUCAAGCUGGCCGAUGGAACCGUACAUAAGCUGGAUGUGAUUAUUUGCGCCACGGGUUUCAACGCAUUUGAUGGGGCUUACAGAAAAAUUAACAUUGCCGGACGCGAAGGGAAACCAUUGAGCGAACACUGGAAAGACGGGCCCAUCACAAAUAUGGCCGUUGCCACAGCAGGAUUCCCAAAUCUUUUCAUGAUAGUUGGGCCUCAGGUUCCCCUGACCAAUGUACCCCCAGCCAUUGAAGCCCACGUUGAGUUCAUUACCGGGGCCAUAUCGCGUGCGGAAGAGCAUCGCAAGGAGCAGAGUACCUCGUCAGCUCCAGCUAGGAUCGUAAUUGAAUCGACAGAUGAAGGGGAAGCUGCAUGGGGUGGGUUGUGCAAUGCUAUUAGCGAGGCGGCGCUGGUUAGAAAAGCCGCAUCGUAUUUCAAUGGCGUGAAUGUGGAUGGUAAGCCACGGUCUGUCUAUAUCUUCAUGGGUGGGUUGGGUAUGUUUCUGCAGAAGGUGAAGGAAUGCGAGGAGAGCGAAUACCCUUCUUUUCAUCCGUUUUAG